AUGAACAACUCAAGCGUGCAUGCAAAGCUGAACACAUCGCUCCAAAAGACCAUCGUCCUCUUUAGACAUCUUCCCUCAAAGGAAGGUCCCUGCAGUGGAAACACAUCUCGAGGACAACUUCAAAGCGGCGGCGCUGGACGAGCGUAUAAAUAUUGCCUUCUGUGGCCUUCAUCCUCCAUCCCUAACUCACUGCACUCACUGCCACUGCGAACACGCGCACAUCCCCUUAACAUUGAAAUCAACUAUCUGCUCAUCCAGAUGAACCAAUCCGCCACCCAUGCCUCCUCAUCGAACGGUUCCGAUUAUUCCAAUGGAACCCAAUGCAUGCCAAACACCGGCAUGUAUAUGGGUCAAUUUCACUGGCCCCAGCCCGCAUGCAUUCUUCAUUCAGGCUAUGCCCCUGCACACCCCCACAACCCGUACGGUGUUCCAGCUAAUGGGACGCAUGGCCCAUACGCACCCAUCACGCGUUUGCCUGGUGUGGGUGCAAGAGUUUCGCAUCACGCGUUCCAACCGAGACAAAAUGGUUGUCACCCCCCUGCAGUAGCCAAUGUCUCGUGUGCCACUCAUGUUGGUCCAUACCCACCGCUAACUACUGUUGCUCCUCCCCCACAACACCCAUCUGCGCCCCUCCUGUACUAUCAACUCUUGCCCUCUAUUUCUCUUCCAGGAGUCACGAACCCCUACGUUCUACCCAUACCGCACCAAGGAUGCCACCACCAGCAUCACGAGCCUGGGAUUGCAGCAGGACCUGCUUCCUCAUCUCUCCCUCAAGUACCAAAGCGCACUGCGGAAGACCUAGACCGCGUCAUCAAACGAAGAAAAGUAGUCCCCGGCGGGAUGAAGAACGACCCGUUGUUUAAACCCGUGCUAGAUCAAUUUGGUCAACCCAACGGGACAUUCACGUGUUCUAGGGACGGCAUGGUACUCAAUUCUGAAAGCUAUCUCAGGCAUAUCAGGACGCAAAAACACCUAGGCUUCAAACUAGAGAAAUUCAAAUGCUCCGAUUGUUCCAAAACGUAUACGAGAAACGAUGCGUACAAGAGACACCUCGUCAAUAGCAAGUGCGGACGGUCGACAGCUGUAUACACUCCUCCGUCGUACUCGGCUAGUCAGAACUCGACGAGUUCCGCUUCUGCCACGCCUGCGACAGCAGCACCUACCAUGGCGUUGACUCAUUCCUAUGCGCAUCCCAUGCUCUCCACGUCGAUGUCCCAGAACGUGCAGAUUGCAUCCCCAGCAGCUGGUGUUGCGCAAUCGUGUGGAAUCCCUGGCUCUGCGAAUCCUGUACUUUUCUCCCAAUUACCAUGGAAUGACAUGGUCACAGAACCUGCUGAAGAAGUUGGCGACGACGCUCAUUUUUGGGAGGCCAAUGAGAUCAAGGACGUUCAUGAGAUGUAGUUAUAUUUCACUUCUGUUACUGACUAUUUUCCUUGUUUUAUCAUCUGCUGUCAUUCAUUCAUGUAUGGCCUUUCUACCACUACACACAUUCUUUCUAUUCUCAUGGUAUAGCACACUUUGCAUUCAUUUGCACUAUUAGAAUCGCUAUUAUCGUUAUCAUUAUCAUUAUCAUCAUUAUGGUGACCUGAUCAUUCGUUGGUUAUAAUAUACACAGUUCUUGCAUGCUAGCUGGAAGGUCUAAACUAAAAACGAACGAUCAGGUGAGAUAAACCGAAUUGUGUCAUCACCCAUGGCCAGUCCCUUCUAAAGACGAACCUGACAAGGUCAUCCGUAUUGAUUAAUAUCAGAAACGUCGACACAUUUCCGCCAUCAAAUCUCGAGGGGUUGUUCAAGAUUUAAGUGAAG